AUGAAACUUGCAAGAGAGGAGAUUUCUCCAGCGCUGUUGAAAGCAAUCCAAGAGUCAAUGAUUUCGGCGAUCGUUUUUUCCGAAAACUAUGCUUCUUCAUCAUGGUGCUUGGAAGAACUCUCCAAGAUAAUGGAAUUCAAGCAUACAAAGGUACUGCUCGUGGUGCCCAUUUUCUACCAUGUUGACCCAUCAGACAUACGGAAACAAACUGGUAGUUUUCAACAGGCUUUUGCUGAAGAUGAAAAGAAUGGGAUAGACAAGACAAUGGAUUUUCAUUUGUGGUUCAUUCUAUUUUGUUACCAUCCUCGCCUUUGCUUAUUUGGUAGGCAUGAGCCCACAAUCAUUGAGGAAAUUGCUCAAGAUGUUCUAAAGAAGUUGCAUCGCAUGUCUGCAAGUGAUUGUGAGGGACUGAUUGGAAUAGGUCCUCAAAUGGAGCAAAUUAAAUCCUUGUUAUGCGUUGGUGAUGGGGAAAGCAUUCGUAUCAUAGGAAUUUGGGGGAUGGGUGGUACAGGCAAAACAACUCUUGCUCAAGCUAUUUAUGAUGAGGUCUUUUCCCCGUUUGAAAGUCACUACUUCCUGGCAAAUGUUAGGGAAAAGUCAGAGGAACCUGGUGGAAUCACUCCUCUACGGGAUAAACUUCUUUCCAAUAUUUUAAAAGAGAAAGACCUCCAUAUAAGUUAUCCCAGAAUAGGAUCCACAUUCACCAUUUUUAGACUCCGUCGUAAGAGAGUUCUUGCUGUCUUUGAUGAUGCUAGUGAGGUUGAACAGCGAGAAAAGUUAGCUACUAGGCGCGAUAACUUCGGUCCAGGAAGUAGAAUUAUUGUAACAUCUAGGGAUAAACAAGUCCUCAGAAAUGUUGUUGAUGAUGAUGCAUUAUAUGAGGUUCAGGAAUUAAAUUACGAUGACUCUCUUCGGCUUUUCUCUCUGUAUGCCUUCAAGCAAAACCAUCCAGUCGAUGAUUUCUUGGAUCUAUCAAACAGAGUAUUGCAAUAUGCCAGAGGUGUUCCAUUAGCUCUCAAAGUAUUGGGCUCAGCACUCUAUCAAAAGACCAGAGUAUGCUGGGAAAGUGUAACGAAGAAAUUAAAGGAACAUCCCGACCAAACAAUUCAAAAAAUUUUGAAGAUUAGUUAUGAUGGAUUAGAUGAAACAGAGAAGUGCAUAUUUCUUGAUAUUGCAUGCUUCUUUAAAGGGUAUGAUGGGGACGAUGUAAAAAAAAUAUUAGACAGUUGUUAUAGUGGUGGUGCUCUUGGUGGAAUUACCAACCUCAUUGAUAGAAGCCUAUUAUAUGAUGAUGGAUCUAACAACCUUGGGAUGCAUGAUUUGCUACAAGAAAUGGGUAGGAAUGUUGUUCGUUCAGAAUCCAGAUGGCCUGAAGAACGUAGUCGAUUAUGGACUUUUGAAGAUGUGUCUAAAGUGCUCAAAAACAAUUCGGGGACUAAAUCAAUUGAAGGAAUGUGCCUCAACAUGUCCAAUAUUGUUGAGCCAAUAAAGUUACGUGCUACGGCUUUUAAGAGAAUGAUUCAUCUUAAAUUUAUCAAGUUCUAUGACAGUAGUGAACACCGGCAUUCUAGAAAGCAAAAGAUUCUGCUUCCUGCACAACGUCUCAAAUCACUAUCCGAUAAGCUGACUUAUUUUCAUUGGGAGAAUUGCCCGUUGAAAUCUGUGCCAUCAAAUUUUUGUCCAGAGAUCUUGGUUCAAUUAAUAUUACCUGAGAGCGAUAUUGAACAACUUUGGGAUGGAGACCAGAAUCUUGUGAAUUUAAGAGUGCUCUCCCUUAGAGAGUCUGGAAAUUUAGUCAGGAUCCCAAAUCUCUCACAAGCCACAAACCUUGAAAUAUUAGACCUUGAUAGGUGCAGAAGUUUGGUUGAACGUCCGUGCCUGAAUCAUUUGAAAUCUCUCAAAGGACUAUAUAUUCAGUUCUGUCGUAAUCUCAAGAAAUUUCCUGAGGUCCCGUGUCAUUUAGAUUCAUUGUAUUUAACUGGAACUGGGAUAGAAGAAGUGCCUGAUUCGGUUGAGCAUCUCCUCCAACUUAGAGAGUUGCACAUGGGUGGCUCGAAGGUUGAAAAUGUUUCCAGCAAUAUCUAUAAGCUGGGCUCUUUGAGAACUCUAAACCUCUAUUAUUGCCCAAUCGCCGAAUUCCCAGAAGUUCCAAGGAACUUAUCGAGCUUAAUAUUGCUCGAAUUAGGUAUGGACGGCUCAAGGAUUCAAAAACUACCGAGCAGUAUCGUUAGAAGCCUUCAAAUCCUAACCGUGAUCAAUUGCAAAUACCUUAAAUCAUUACCGGAGCUUCCACCGAGUCUAGGAUCUAUACCUGCCAAUGGCUGCAUAUCAUUAGAAGAAGUAUCGUUCGCAGAUCACCAUCAAACUAGAUUCGAUCGGAGCUAUCAGCUGAACAACUUUGGUCAUUGCUUCAACCUGAAUCAUAAUGCAAUCAACAACAUUGUAGCUAAUGGAAUGCUCAGAAUUCAGCGCUUGGCAAUGCAAUUGGCAAGGGAGUUUCCUCGUGGACCAGGACAAGUAGCUUGUCAUUUUCCUGGAAGUGAAAUACCAGAAAGGUUUGAGCAUCAGAGCCCAAAUUCUUCUAUAAUUAUCAAGCUAGAUCCAAAUAGGUGUCGUAGGAGAUUCUUGGGUUUUGCUCUAUGCAUUGUGGUUCACUGUACUGAAGAAAACUACAGGGGCUUUUUUGUUGAAUGCGAAUGCAAACUGAAAAGCAUAGAUGAUGAUGAUGAUCGUAGUUUACAAAUUGGUAGGCCAUGGAGUUUUAAUGAUCCGCCACCUUUGCAGCACCCAGAUCUGGUGUUAAUUUUUUUUAAUGGCCAUAAAAUGUUUAAUAGCGGUGAAAUGUUUUUGGAAGACAAGCUAUACGAGGAGGCAUCAUUUGAUUUCUUCAGGGCAAUUGCUGCUGAUUACGCCUUUGGAAAUCAUACUAAUUACGUUGUGAAGAAAUGUGGUGUCCAUGUAUUCUACGAGGAUACAGUCUUGUAUCGCAAAAGAAGUUUAAGCAUUAGUGAUGAAGAUGAACCAGAGCCUUCAAGUUUUAAAGGUGAAGCGGAAGACUUAGCUCAGAGGCUGAAGAAGCUGAGGAUAGAUGACUGAAACCUUCUCAUUUCUUUUGAUUCAAAUGUCUGCUUUUGAGACGCGUACGUGUUCUCAACGAAUGUCUUACUCUUUCAUCUUAUUUGACU